AUGGCGAUGAUGAUGACCGGCCGUGUGCUGCUGGUGUGUGCCCUCUGCGUGCUGUGGUGCGUUGCCGGCGGUGUUUAUGCGAGGGACGUUGACACCAACGCACUGGGUGGCUGCAUGGCGUCGGGAGUGUUGGGUGAGAAUGGAUCCCACAUGCCUGACGGAUGCAAUAAAACGGCGAUUACGGUGCCUUUGCGGUCAGUACUGCCCAUUACUGCCGUCGAAGCCUCGGAUGGAGGAGAUUCUGCUAGUGGUACAAAGAAAGAUUCGCAUUCAAGUGAGGCUUCCGACGCUGGUGUUAAUGGUUCUGGCUCUGCUGGUGUUCCUGAUGGUGGACCUGGUCCUGAUGGUGGUGCUGGCGGUGCUGGAGAUUCUGAUGCUGGUCCAGGGGCUCCUGUUGCUCCUCUUGGUGGUGCUUCUGGUGGCAGUGGAACUUCUACUGGCGAUCAUGGCACCGGCAGCGUUUCUUCUGGUUCAUCUGAAGGUCCUUCCGCUCCUGCUGUUGCCACUGUUGUUGAUACUUCGGCUGGCCGAAGUGAUGGUGAAGCGGGAUCCCCAGGCACUAAUCCAUCUAACACAACAGGGGACUCUUCAACAGGAAAUCAAACGCCUGCUGCAGCGGCUAACGAAACCUCGCCACCCGAAGGAGCGGCAGGGACGACAUCCGGCACUGGACACACACGACAGGAAAAAGAAGAAGAAGAAGAGGAAGAAAAUGAAAAGCAGCAGCAAAGUGAUGAAGCACAAGUCCAACAACAUCAACAGCAUGAACACCCCGCGGAAAAUGGCGAAGAAUCCGCGAAAGAUAAAAACGUCCUUCGUACAAAUGCCACCGCAAAUACAGGCGACAGUGACAGCAGCAGCGCGGUCUCCCAUAACACCUCCCCUCUUUUGCUUCUUCUUGUUGUUGCGUGUGCGGCUGCUGCUGCGGUGGUGGCCGCGUGA